AUGCCUUCUUUCCAACCAAAGACCCCUUCCUCUCCCAUCAGAAAGCGACCAUCAAUCGUCAACAAGACGAUUGCUGGCGGAAUUUCGAAGAAGAUGAAAAAGUCGGGGCUCAGCCCAAAAUCUCCUUCAGCGAUAUCUCCUGAUCGACUCCUGCGUGGUCCCAAGAGCAGGCAGCUUGCUGCUUUGCUUCGAGGGAUCCAGGCUGUUGAGAUGCAGAACGUGUUGGAGUAUUUUGGUCCCGCUGAGCCCGAGCCAAUGGAUACUCGUGAAGAUUACGAGUGGGACUGCCCUGGAUUCGAUGGGUAUCUCUUGCAAGAAUAUUCGGCCAAGAUUCGCCAGUUCCCAGAGAUGGCUUUGUCGGCUGAAGCUCAAAUUCUUUAUGCUCUGGGGCUGUGGUGGUCUAGAGCCGGAUCUUCGGGAGGACUUGAUUGUUGUUAUGCAUACCGGCUGAUUGGGUUCGAUUCCCUCGGUGGUGUGCAUACAACUCUCUUGUCUUCUCUUGAAAAUGUGGCACUGAUAGCUACUCGAAUUCUUUGGGCUGGUCUCAAAGUCUUUGAAAGCAUGGUGUUCCCUUCAGCGAGUUAUCUAGACAAAACCUUUCUUGUUUACAAGAGAAAGGUAAUGCAGGACCCUUCUCAAGGGAUUCAUCGCGACUUGUUACAUCACGUCCAUCUACUCUCUACCUACCGAUUUCCAAUUACACCUUCACAAUUACAUCCAGAAAGAGUCGCAGAAUGGCUUAUCAAUGCGCCAAAAAUCACUCGCGACCAAGCUCCUGUUUAUUGGACUUACCUUGAUCGACCUGUUGAUGGCACAGUUUUAUUAUCAUGGCAAACUCCCACCUUGGGUCAAGAUUAUCCAAGUGAUGGUUAUAUUUGGGGUCCUGGAGAGACAGCAUUCUCUUUGGAAGUCAUGGGUUGCACUCUAGAAAUUUAUCAUUGCAAGAUUGGCUAUGGUACUGGAGAAACUAUCGCAUCUCACACUCGUCGCCGAUAUCGACUUGUACCAAGAAAUCCAAACCAAAAUCCUAUGCCUGAUCCAAAUCUCUGGAUCAUUCACUAUACUCAAGCUGCUCCCGAAGACCGUCUUCCCUCGCACAUCAUCCCAAUCAAUCAACAAAUUCAAAACACCAUGAGCACACGACAUUACUUGCAUCAACAAGGCCAACUUAUUCAUAAGGAGUUUUCACUUCAUGAUAGAGCAAAUUGGGCAAAGAUCGAUUUCCCUCGUGGUCAUCCAAGAGGCGCACCAAUAUAUGCAGCAAGCAUUCCACCAAGAGUUCCUCAAUCAAUGGCAUACCCUACUCAACCUCAACCUGGUCCACCUUCAAAACGCGCUCGUACAGCAAAUGUCGUUCAACCCGUCGCCGCAAAUGUUGCUCCUGUAAUUCUCGAAGAGGAUGAAGAAGAAAAUUCUCGAGGUGAUUGGUUUGACCUUACUACACCUCGCGAAAUUAGCUACAGCAGAUUCCAUCAAAAUUACUCUUGGAUGGAGGAAGUGCUCUCUUCACCUUAUGCCAUCAAUCAAAUUGUUCCCACGGAUCUUGGACUUGGUGUUCAUGGUGAGUUGAGCAGUCUCACUGAAGGCAUAUUUAAUGCUCCUCUCAAAGAAACCGAAGAGCUUAAUCCAGCACUCAACUAUGUCGGUCGUCUUGAUCCCAGCAAGGCGGAAGAAUUCCGCAAGAGAGCUCAUGACUCUAUUGCACAAACCAACAAGGACAUGGAGAAGAUGAAAGCUAAGCAUGCGAAGCGUCUUGCGAAAUUCCAAAAGAGUUCUCUCAUUGCUCAAGCCGAGAAGGAAUUACGCACAGCUGUUGAUGAUCCUUUGGAUAUCGGUCCCGAAUAUUGGAGACUUGAAGGAAGAAUCGAUGAAGAAGAGAAUGAAGAUGCCGAAACUCCUAUCAAGACUCCUUCCAAGGUUGAUGAUGUUCUUGCAAAGGUUGAAGCUUCUCUUGGUCGUCAUGCAGUUGCAAUCAGUGAACUUCGUCGUAUUCAAGAUGGUGGAUUUGAAGAAGUUACUGUACGAGCAAGUUCUCCACCUUCUCAAACUUCUCGCAAUGGUUCUCAACAAAGUGGUGUUCUCAUGAAUGAGUCUGAUGCCGCUGAUGUCGAUAUGACCAAUUCUACUGCUGGGUUACUUGAUCAAUUUCACCGUAGCAACUCUUCAUCACACGCCACACCAGUAAGUGCGAGUUAUCCCACUCCCGGCCACCUACAACAUCCUUCUGCAGCAACUACACCAGCUGGAGCUCUACACAUGGCAUCUCCACAUCUUUCUCAAACUAUGGGAACACCUCAAGCUGCGCAACAGAAUCUAUCUCCUCCACAGCAAGAACAACAAGAUGUUCAUAUGCAAGAUUCGAUCUCAACAGCAGAAACCCAACAACCUCUCACAGCCACUGCAGCAAUCACUGAUACCUCAGACUGGGUUGUUGUACCACCAGGAGGUGUCUCGCCCACUGCAGAUCAUUCAAAUACGAACAUGGACAACAAUGCAACAAAUCCUCAAUCUCAUGAUCAACAAUCUCACGAUCAACAUUCCGCAUUAUCAGAUUAUCUCAAAUCUACUUCCGAUACCAAUACACCAGAACAACCAUUAACGUCUAACUCUCUACCCGAACCACAACUUGAACACCCACAAGAACAAGAAGAAGAACAACAUCAUAUCGAACUCAAUGAAAAUGAUUUCGAUCUUGAAGAUUUGGACACAGCUGGUCAUGCUUUAGCUUCAUAUGAUACUGGUGAUGUCAUGGAAGAUGAUCAUCAUGGUUUGGGUGAUUUGGUUGAUGAUAGUGCUUUUGGUGACGCAUUUCAUGGGAUUGAUCAUCAUGGUGGUGAUGCAGAUGGAGAUUCUCACGGCAUUUAA